CAAUCUUGUUGCGUGCGCUUCGCGAGACGUAUGUUUUGAUUGAAAGGCAAAUGAAUUCAGUGAUUCAGACACCAGCCUGUUCUUCACUCACACUCUCGCUCAGCAGCGAUUCAGUGGUGAAGAAGAGCAAAGAUUCUCACAGUGGAAAGAGGUGGAAAGGAAUUCUGAGUUGGGUUUUUUUUUCUAUCACCAGGAAAAAGACACUAAGCUGGAAAAGGUAGAAAUACAGUGUAUAUUUGGGGGGAGGGGUAUUCUUGUCAGCCCUGCCUUCUGCACGUGCUCGGUUCUGCAAAACUGUGUUCCUAGAUGGAGAGGAUGCAGGGAGAGGGAGAGGUGGACCACCUGGAGCGACCAAGCCCACUGACUGACAAGGAGAGGCUGAUGAUCCAGGACUCCUGGGCAAAAGUCUACCAGAACUGUGAUGAUGUUGGGGUGGCCAUACUAGUCAGGCUGUUUGUGAACUUCCCCUCAUCCAAGCAGUACUUCAGCCAGUUCAAGCACGUCGAGGAGCCGGAGGAGCUGGAGCGGAGCGCUCAGCUCAGGAAGCAUGCUCACAGAGUCAUGAAUGCCAUCAAUACACUGGUGGAGAGCCUUGACAACUCAGAUAAGGUGGCCUCGGUGCUGAAGAUGGUGGGCAAGGCCCACGCACUCAGACAUAAGGUGGAGCCUGUGUACUUCAAGAUUCUGAGUGGUGUGAUACUGGAAGUUUUGGGAGAAGAAUUCCCAGAGGUUGUGACACCAGAAGUAGCUGCAGCGUGGACCAAACUCUUGGCUACAGUCUACUGCAGCAUCACGGCCGUCUAUGAGGAAGUGGGCUGGUCCGAGCUCUCAACCUCGACCGGGUGAAGUUUGGAGUCUGGGGUUACCGGACCAUGCAAACCCAGAGACUGUUAUAUCCACGGCCUCAUAAAAGAGGGAUCAAAUGACAGGGAUUGACCUUUAAAGGGAAGCAAUGUAUCUUUACAGAGUUUAUCUGACAAAUCUAGAGAACAGUUUAAAGUAAUCUUAGAUCAUUGUGGGCUGUGAAACAUAUACUCUAAUGUAAACAAUAAUAAGAUUAGGUACAACGGCUCUUUUAUAGCUAACUGCAAGUGUUGGAAGCAGGGAUAGAAUGUUAAUAAUGUAAAACUCCCAUUGUUUUUGUACAAUUCUUAAGGAGUGAUCUAUAAAAAAAAAAAAAAAAAAAAAAAAAAGGGAAUAAACUGAAGAAAAAUGCAAA